UGUCCCUAUUAUACUGUGCGGAAACGAUCAGAAGCGCCGCUUAUUGGUCCUAAGUCCUUUCCGAUUCCAUUUGAAAGCCGUCAGAUUUGUUGGAAAACUCUCCUUAGCGGACCCGAUAACGUCGGCCGCCGGUUAAAUAUCACGUGAAGCAAAUAUCUUUAGAUUAACUACAAAUUUCUGGUUGCAGUUUCGUCUGAAUCCUCUUUUGAGUGCUCGAAUCUGACGUGUUAAGAGUAUGAGAAAUUGACCGGAUUUUGCCAGGGAUUUUCCGACCGUUGAAAAAGGGUUCAUAAUACGGUUAUGAAAUUGUCACUGAAUGACCUCAAACAUGGCAGGAAAACAUUAGAAAGAGCACCGCCACCAAAGACUCCAACGGUUAUUCCCACGAGUCAAGAUGACGAUAAUACUGGUGCUUUAUCGGUGGCAUCUGUCAGAGAAAGAUUUGAACAAAAGCGAAUACCACCGCAGAAGCCCAAUGCAACACAAUCACCUAGUCAAGGUCGUGGCAAACCCACAGAGGAAAAGGUUUUAUCUGUGGCCUCAGCAAGAGCAAAGUUUGAACAAGAACUGAAACCUGUAAAUAAAGGUCCUCAUCCCUGGAAGCCAACGCCAAAAUAUAGGAACCAGUCUAAAACAGACUUACUGAGACUGGAUAAGAACAGUAAUGCCAAGGGGCAUGGGAACAAAGAACCACCGCGUAAAGAGCUACCUAACAUUUUUAGAAUUGGUGCUGCUCCAUCCAAACCUGCCAAACCGACUAACCUAAGGUUCAUGCUAAAAAAGUACAAGGACAAGAUCAUUUUGUCAAACAGCCUAACCUCUUCGACUCAGACAUCCACAAAAGCGGACACGCCUGUCAUUGACACGUCAUGGAAUGUCCAUCAACAAGUCAGGAGGCUACUGGAACUACUACCAUCUCGAGCACUAAAUACAGAGGCAUUAUUACGACCGAGUCUGCGAUUGCUAUUACGUACUUCGGAGGAAAUCCGCGUUUUAGCUUCAACACCAACCAUCAGCGAACCUUCAAAAGAAAACCCUUUAUUAAGGUUUGAACACUAUAAAGAAACUUCGAUUACAUCCCCGCCCUCUUGGAAACAAAAUGAAGGGAACCAAAAGAAAACAGGCUCUCAAAGACGUGAUGGAUGGAUCUAUCUGAUUGAUCAGGGUAACACAGAACCGAAUCGUAAAGAGUUACCUACCUUGUGUGACAUUGGCGCAGCUCCACAAAAACCAGCGAGGCCUGAUUACCUAAAGUUCAAUCUUAGAAAGUACUGGCACAUGAUCGCCAUAUCAAAGGGUGUAAGAAAUAUUGCUAAAACCUCCUCUGGAUCCAAGUCAAAUGAGGGAGCGGGAUAUCUUGACUUAGAAGAAAAUUGCGACUACGGUGCUGCGGAACCACCGAUGAUAACAAGGAAUGUUACAAGAUUAACUCCUGGAGAAGCCGAGGACAGCAAAGAUGCCACAGCUUCUAAAGUCAUAACCGAUAAAGGAGUAUCACUGAGUGUAAAAGGCGUUAACUUGAUCUGCCCUCCUGGAGCCGUGAAAGAUCCUGUUAGCAUCCGGCUUACAUUGGAAGAACCUUACAGAUACUGUUACCUGAUAGCUCGAUGUGGUCUCCACAAUGAUGUAUUAUUUGUUUCUCCCAUUGUCAACUGUCGACCAAAUGGCCAGAAAUUCGAAAAAUAUGUCACUCUCAAGGUUACAUUAAACAGAAAAAGGGUGAAGUCAGACGGUGAUCUCCUCGUUUUACAUGGAACUCGGACCGGUCAAAGCCAAAUAAUCAAUUGGGAGGACAUCACUAAUGAGUCCAAAUUUGAUUUGCAAACGAAAAACCUAGAAGUUAGAAUAAAUCAAUUUUCAUUGAUUGCUGUUCUAGCGAGGUUGACAUUGGUACGCACCAAAGAAAUUGUAACUCGGCUGAACCUCAUGCCCUUCAACUACAACUUGUCUGUCCUCCUUAAACUUAAUAAGCAGCAAAGCCCCUUCGACGAACUUGCUCUUGUGUUCAUGAGCCAAGACACCUACCGGGAGGAAUACUACAGAGAUCAUGAAGAUUCUGCCAUAAUGCGGCUUAAAAAAGAUGGAUUUGAAGAGCUCCCUAUUGACUCUAAAAAUGCACAGGAAAGUAUCUGUAUCUACAACAAGGAAAUCAUAACGAUCUCAGUUCAACUCGGGGAGGAUUACAAACCGGCAAACAACCAGCAAGAAUGUUUUGAAGUGGUUGUGGACUCUUGUGCUUGGUGGAAUACUGGACAUGUGAUCAAAUUACCUUUACAAGUUUGUAACACAAAUUCAAAAAUUGUUUGUGGAAAGAUCCUUGUGAAAGGCGAGUUUGGACACGUUCGCGAGAACAAGUUUUGCCAACAAGAUCUGUGUGGCUAUGUGAGACACGUUCUUGGUGUGAAGAAGGCAAUUUUUGACGUUAAAGCCGUGGCUCAAAAGCUCGAAUUACCCGCAGAAACUCAGCGUCAAGUUCUUACAUGUUGGCAAAGCGAGGCAAAACAACUGGAACUUGUAUUACUACACUGGAGGGAAAAGCAUGGGGAUGCAGCAAAUCCGAACCAUCUGAAAAAAGCCCUUGAGGAGUUAGAGCCUGAAGAAUACAAGGUGAAAGAGAGAGGACAAAUGCAUAUCGAUCACUUAAGAGAGCUGGCAUUUAAAAUCGCAGGUUUAGAACACCACGACACUGACGUAAUGAAAUAUUUUGAUCGCGAAGUUGAGAAGCUUUGCAGUGCAGUCUUAAGAGACUGCUGUAUUGAAAACGCAACCUCCAAAGAAGAGGUGGAAUCAGCAAUUCAAACGGAGAAUUUUGCCUCUGUUCUUGUGAUGAAAAAGCGACUACCUGAGAGCGUUGGUAAAACGUGCACGCGAAUGUUCUCUUCUCAAGAGGAUGAAUUCAAUACAAGCAGUUUCUUAUGCGUUGUUUCUGAGCUCAUACAAUGCAUUAAAGAAAUCUUCCGAGAGGAGAAAAUUCAACGAACGCUAAGUGGAUUACGAGGAGUGACGGAGGAGGCAACACUCCAAAAAAUUACUUCAGGCAUUCGAGAUGCCGCUUAUGAUAAGAGUAUUUUCAAGCUUUUGAGUGAGGUGUGCCACAUUCUCGAGAUUCUAUGUCGAAACAAUAACGAUGACCGACAAAGAGAGUCACGGAUACAAAGCUGGGGAAGUUGCGCCAUGAUGGCUGUAAUGUUGCAUUUUCUGGAAAGGUUCUUUCAAUGCGCUGAAGCAUGUAGAUUGUACAGAAGAUUGAAAUUGUUUUCCUUCUCAAUAAGAGACAUCAUGUCAAACCCUACAGCUUAUGAGGGAAGCUUCCUGCGUGAUUUCCACAAUGUUGCAGUAAGUUUGUUGAAGUUCGCCAGGUUUGAUCCAUCACACCUUGUGCAAUUUGAACUGAAAGACCCAAAUUACUCAAUCAACAACCAAACAAAAGAUGACAUAAAGUACGAUACGUCGAAAGAAAUGUUUUCUCAGCUCUUUUGGAUGAUCAAGAAGUGUGAGGAAAACUUGCAACUUGAGGCUACUGCACAUGUUCACGUCGGUGGACAACUUCUCACACUUGGAGCAUUUGAAGCAAUGGUCAUCCUUCCUGAGUCAUUUAGCGAGGUUGUUGAAAAUGCUCCCAUCGCUUCUUUUCCAGUAUCAUUCAAAAGUGAAACUGACGGAGAAUCAUCGAACCUUCGAGUUACUCUGUAUUCUACGCAGAAAGACAACAUCGGCAAAGCUCUGGAAUAUUUGCAGGAUGCGUUAGAUGGACAAUUGAGCCUCUCAAAACAAACAGAAAUAAAAGAAACCAGCCUGAAACUUUUGAACGUCGCCAAAGCAGGCACAGACGUUAGACUACGUUUGACUCACAUAUGGGGAUCAGGGACUCUAGGCGUGGAAAGUAAUACUUUCGUGCCGUUGGGAUAUUCAUCUCCAGAAACUCAUAACAAUUUGGAAAUAACAGAUGAGCCUGAUCAACAAGCGGUUGGGGAAUCGUCACUUUUACCAGUUGCAGGAACAAGCGAAUACAUUGCGGAUAACCACAACAGAGGUAACGACUUCAUGACUGGCCCGUCAAGUGCUGAACUGAUUCCUUCCUUGACGUCGACAACAAGACAAACGGUAAUAAACGUUAAUAACUAUAUUAAUCACACUGUCAACAUGGAGGGUCACGUUUGUGUGGCUGGAGAGAGGCCAAAUCUAAACGUUCAAUCGCCUUCAUCUGCAGCACACCGUUUUCUAGAGGCUGGACCUGGUGCUGCUACAAACAGAAGUAUAACUGCAGGAGACAUUUAAGAGGUUGAGUGAAUCGAUAACUUUGGAAUGAGAUCUUAUUUGCUGAGUUCUGAUCGGGAGUUGUUCUUUUUGUCCAAAACUAUAUAAAUUAAAGCCUUUAGUUCACAGCCGAGAAAAUAGCGACCAAUUGAAUUUUCUCGCCUUAGAAAAGUCGAUAAAGUAUUGAAGAUGACUUUAUAUUUAUAGCUAGUUUAUACCAUAACGUAUAUCUAUCUCUAUAUUUAUAUGCCUUUAAUUUCCUCGUAAAAUGGUUAUGGACAAUGCAUCUCUAUUGCUCAUCAAAGAAACAAUUACCUCUUUUGCUAUCGUUCGAAGCUGAAACAAAGACUUUGGAAAUUUUGACAGCAGCUAUUGUAUUGUCCCUGUAAUUUAUUCAGUAAAUAUCUUGGUUAAUGGAAAAGAAAAGGUGAAUAUAUUUUAUAUAUAUUUUCAAAUUGCAACACUUGUGAAACUGUUAGAUAACAUGUGUACUGAUUUACAAUUGAUUAGACUGAUUCUUCCAUCGCUAGACAGACGAUUAAAAGUUAAUUUGCUUAUAAAACCACGAUGAACAGCAAUAUUUUCUAUAACAGCUAGCACAUGUAUAAAGUAUGAAUCAUUGGAUAUCUUGUCAGUAUUGCAUAGUAAUUUAGCACUUGAUUUAGUUAAGCAAAAGGGUUGGAAAUUUAACCUGUGAUAUAAUUUUUUGAUGUGAGUGCUAUGUUGUUAAUUCGAGAAUAAUUUGAUUUUCGACCUUGAAGUUCUGGCAAGGGUAUCAUUGCAAGAACUCUUUGCCCUGAGCAGACAUGGCUGUUAUAUUUGUUGUACUUGAGGGAUUGAUUUGAGACUUCUGGGAGCCUUAUUUACGGUUUGUAGCAGUAGCUUUAACAGGUGAUUUAUUAUUGUCGCUGCAACGUAUCCCUUCUUAAAUGGGUCUACCGCUGAGACUGACGUACAUUUAAGGACACUGAAAGUCUUUUUUAUGAAAGUGUCCAUUGAAUUUCAGCCGUGCAGUUCUAAAAAGCUCGUUAGAACUGAGUUGGAGCAUCCUUAUCAAUUUGGUCCUGUUCGCUAAAAAGAGAGAUCGAAUAAAAAACCUAAAUUUUUUAGGACGA